AUCUAGACCACCUAGACUGUCCGACUGCUGGUGUGUUUACAUUAAUGACGAUUUGAGAUUUAGUUUUGUUGGCGUUGCUCAAUGCGUCUGCGUGACCUACAAAAUUAGCAAUUUUCUUCCAAAUUUUUGUCGUGAACAGUUCUUUUCUUAGUGCUUCGAUGUUUGAAGUUUUCACCAUGACAACGAGGCGCAAUUGUGAUUGUGUCCGCAGUUCGCGCUAAUCGCGGCACGAACCUCGUCCUCGUACUAUGAGUCUACUGCCUUGAAGCUCAUCGUCGAAAGCUCAACUUAAUUCGUCCGUACACGGGGAUCUUUCAAGGUUCCAAUAUUCUUCAAGUUUCGUGGACCAGUGUUUUUGUCCGUUGAGCCAGCGCAACGCAUUCUACGUUGCAACACCACCACCUGUUGAAUGCAAGUGUUAAGUCUCCCGAGUGUUGCACCACUCUUAUCAGAUGUAAGUAUUGCAAUCUCAACUCGUUGCUCGAGAUUCCGUACUUUCAUAGGGGACUGGUACUUAAUUAAUUACUCAUCAACUUAUUUUUAGAUUGGUAUGCAGAGCAACCUGGUCUGAUCUGAAGCAGGUGUAGUUGAUUUUCUGGUCCGAGAAAAAGAUGCACUCCUCAAUGUGAGGGAAACAAAAUUACCCUCAAUGUAUCUUGAGCAGCUGUUGAAUGAUCAUCUUUAUAACCUGGAAAAAUGGUAUGAAAGAUGAUCCGUCCAAGAUCAAGACUUAACCCAGGUGUGAAUGAGGAUGAGAGUUUGACAGACGCAGCCUCAUACUCGUUUGAAGAUCUCAACUGUGGGUUCAAAUGCUGUGGCCUCUCAUUCUGCAGAUCAUGGAAGAGGUACGCAACUCUAAAGAAAUUUGUCAUCGUCCUAUGUUUACUAGGAUUACUUGAAGGUGCUGUCAAUGGAUACCUCUCGGCUCAUCUUCAUUCAAACUCGGCCCACUUACCACCCUUAAUUAUCCGAUGGCUUCAGGUCGGAAGUGGUGUGACGCAGCUGGCCCUCGGUGUUUUCCUAGCCUAUUGGGGUGGAUCGAGGCAUCGACCAGGAAACAUUGGGCUGUACACGGCUCUUUUGAGUUUAUCGUCCAUUAUUCUUGCUGUUUUAUCUUUGACCAAUGAAAGCAAAUACUCAACUCUCCUCCAAACUGAUGUGCCUGUUUGUGUGCGAGACAAUGACCGAGAAGAAACAAGCUUCACUUCGUGGAACUGGAAUAUUUUCACGAUCGGAAGUUUCUUCUUUCUCCAGUUCGCCAUUGGGGUGGGCAAUAUAGCUUUCAUGGCUCUCGGAAUCACUUAUAUUGAUGACAACUCGGAAACCGAGAAGAGUCCUCAAUUUAUUGCCUUGGCUCUUGCAGCUAAGUAUUUUGGUCCUCAAGUGGGGUAUGCCUUCUCUUACUUGCCUCUCGAUAAUCUCUCACUCACCGCAUCUGUUUGGACAGGAUUUGGCAUUCUGACUGUCUUGAUGAUAUUGAUCAUCAGCGCAUUUCCUGGGCGCCUUAACCUACAGUUGGUAAAGCCUGACUCCAUCAACAGUAUUGAGUUUAAUCGUGGAUUGCGACCAUAUCGCAGAUCCUACUAUCCAAGACAAAAAACAGGAUGUUUUGCAUCCAUCAAGAGGGUGCUGUCAAUCAAAAUGGUUGUAUUCAAUACCUUAGCUGUAAUAUGUGUUCAGACUGUGAUUAUUAAUUUUACGCUCAUCAGAGAAACCUACUUAGGCUCCGUUUUCAUGAUCUCAAAGUACAGUGGCACUGUACAAUCCCGUCUCCUCAUUGAUAUUCUGCAGCCUCCUCUUGUUGCGUUGGCCAUUAUCCUUUCAGGACUGUUUCUGCGCCAUAUCAAGCCACGUGCUAGCCGUUUGGCCAUUUGGAACAUUUUUGUAGUUUGCACGGUCACAGGACUCAUGUUCUCAGCUGUCUAUCUCAAAUGUAAUAAUUCCUUUCAACAUGAUCAGUCAGGCAGGCGUUUAAAUGCUUAUCAAAACUUUGAACUCGAUAAUCGGCGUUAUGUCAGCGGUUACUCCAGUAUCUAUGGGGGAUACUCUAACUUGCCUGGUGUCAAUAGGCCAUCAGAAUAUUCCUAUCAGCCAGCCAGACUACACUUAAGUAUGCUUUGCAAAGAUUGCCAGUGCCCGGAUGAGCUGAAGUUUAGCCCCGUUUGUUCCUCAGACGGUGCUGUUUACUACUCACCUUGCCAUGCUGGCUGUCGCACUUUUGAAAAAUCCCGACUGAUGUAUGGGAAUUGCACGUGUAUGGUUUCAACAACAAUGUCAAACACUGUUUCGAAUUCAGACUGCUACAAAGAUGGUUGUGGGGAGCGUGCUGUCUUGUAUCAGAUUCUUAACACUACGGCUAUGGCGCUGCUGGCAUCAACGUUUGUCAUCAAUAUGUUAUUCUGCUUCAGGUGUGUCCAAGUACGCGAUAAACCAACUCUUGUAGGUUUAGAAAUGACCCUUGUGGCGAUUGUUGCAUUUAUCCCAGGAAAAUUUCUUUAUUUGCUGAUUGAUGAGUGGACUUGUUUAGUGUGGCAUGCAACGGAAUGCAAGUUACACGAUGCCUUAACCUAUGGAACCUACCUUAAUCUCCUUAAUAUUUGUUUCCUGAUGGGCGCAGCCGGCUUUUAUUGCAUCGUAUACUUUCUUGCCAGGAAUUUAAAACUCUAUGGAGAGAAACCAUCAGAUCAGGAUGAGCUACAAGCUGUGACAGAGCCCCUUCAAUUUACAAUCUCAAGUAACCCUUCAGCCGGAAACCGUAAACCAGAAUCAGGUUCAUUUAAUCGCAACUUCCGAAAUUCAGGGCGCAAUUACCAGAAACCACUGAUGAUAAAUGUCGGUCGCGAUCGCAUUGUGCGAGACCCUAAAAAUGGGACUCAAUACCCAGAAAUGGAAAGGGAACCUCUCUGCUGGACAGCUCGUUCAACUCCCACUCCUAACAGUGAUGACCUCGAGCUUAACUUCAGUCUUGCAACCCCAACUGGGAAAAUGUUUCCACUUGUUGAAUUCCCGGCUUCAAGUCCUUCAUCUGAUACAGAACGUCCAAAAACACCGUCUGAGUUUUCUCAGCCGAGGUCUCCGACAGAAAUAUCUCGACCUAAAACACCAAUAGAAUUGUUUCGACCUAAAACCCCAAUAGAGUUGCCACGGCCUAAAACCCCAGUAGAAUUGUCACGCCCUAAAACCCCAAUCAUGCUCUCCCGGCCAAAAACGCCAACUGAGCUCUCACGUCCCAAAACACCUAAUGGUGUGCUCAAAUCAAGAUCACCCAGUCUGUCCUCCGGGCCAGCCUCUCCGGAUUCUUCACGACCUAAAACUCCCUCUGCACUGCCCCUGUCCAACAGUGAAGUCGAGCUAGAUUUCAGCCUUCAGACUCCUCCAGGAGCUAGGAGCCCCGGAACAACUUUUAGAACAGAUGGUGUUUUAACUACAUUACUCUAAGCUUCAGCUUCAUUUGCAUACAAUUUUGAUUUAUCAGUAGGUUGCCUACCUACCUUUUAAAUCUUUCAUGAUUGAAAAUAUACAGUGUUCCUAAAGGAAAUCUGAUUAUUUUUGCAAGAUAAUAAAAUCAAGAUUUUGCUCGUCCUGACAAGGUCUUCGUGGGUUAAAAAAUAGCAAUGUAUUUCGAAAAAUCAUCGAUGGAUGACUAUUUUUGACUUGAGAAAAGUAGUUGAUCUCGAAAAAAUGUAUUACAAAUUUCACUUUCCUGUGAAGUAAAAGAUAACUUCAUCUAGCUUACAUACCAAGGCUGUAACAUUAUUUUCAGAUUAAUCCAAAGAGCUUGUCCAUUAUUUUCUCAUCAUAUUCUCCAUUAUUAUUUUUUUAUUUUUUUUUUAUUGAUGUUUAAUAACAUCAAUGUUAGCAAGAUCUAACUAACUGUACCUACAUUCUCAACUACGCUGUAAGUUUUACAACGUUAGAUGACUGAAAUUCUGAAGGUAUGGAUGAAUCCUCCGAGAGGUCAUCCUUUCCUCAUUAUCAGAUUUUGCAAGUAGAUUAGAUCUGAGUUUGUAAGGUUUUCUCUAUGUUGAUAUGUUCACAUUCUGACAGAAUGCACUCACCGCACAAACAUUUUUCAUCUCAUUUCCUAGUGCUAGUGCCCACUUCCAGGCAGUUAAAUUUUAAUCAUGUCACUCUUUAAUUUUUUGAAGGACAAUGUCGGAUGAGUUGGGAGUUUCAUGACCAAGAAAAAUGUUACGUGCACUGUCAUUAAAAUGAACCGAGAUUUGUCUAGUAAGUGUGUGCUUAUUAGGAACGGUCGGUCAUCAAGUAUCCCUCUUUUCUGGGUUUUAGCGGAUAGCAACAAACUCUAAUAAGUCAGGUUUUAAUACCGUAAUAUUUUGACAUGGUAUUCAAUUUAUCAUGAAGAUGGAAGUGUUCAAUCCAAUUCUCAAAUGUAAUAUUUUUUUGUUUGUGUGUGGUCAUCAUAAACAAGAUUGCGAUCUGUGCUGUAGUAUAGCAGCAAUCGAAAUUUCCACUUUUUGGUCUUCUCUUUCAAUUUUUUUAUGUACAGUCAACUUCCUUUAAGUCAAACUGCACAGGAACCAGAUCGAUAUUUCACUCAGAGAGAAAUUCCAAGUAAAGGGGUUCGUGCUCUUAUGAAAAAUUCGAUAGGACCUCAAAAAAGUUUGACCUAGGGGAAAAUUCCACUUAAAGAGCAUUUGACUUGAAGGAAAUUAACUGCAUAUUACCUCCAAGGUACAUUGAUAUUAUUUUGGUUGCCUAAGAGUAAAAAAUGAUUGAAUCAUUCGUUAGAAGAGAUGUUCUUACUUGACUUGUUUCAUAGAAUACUCAGUUUAAAAUUACUACAUAUCAGUAUGUACAAACUAAAUCUCUAAUGAAUACUCUGAUUUCUCCUGAAAAGCCCUCUUUAAUUUGGUAUGAAAUGAUUUUUUCACUAGUCCACCAACAACAAUGAUCUGUGGGGACUUAAAAAGUUUUCUAAAAUUUAAUUUCAAAGAUCUGCGUACUAGUAAAUCCGCUUGUACAUGAAAAAGGAAGAUUGCUCUAUGUCUUAGAGUUGGUUGCUUUGUGCAUCUGCUGUUUUCAGUUCUUGUCAAAAUUUCUGCUUAUGUGUACGUUCAUUCUUUAAAAAAGACUCCAGGACGAAUGAAACACUUUUCUUUAUACAUCCAGGUAUCCUCUUGUAAGCAUGUUGAGAGUACCACCAACUCAAUUUUUGCAGAAAUGUCAGUUAUGACCCUUUUGCUCUCAGCUACUGAUAUCAGUCCUUGGUGUGCUUUGAAUUAAGCAUGCUUUUGAAAAGUUCAAUCAUAACCACCAAAGAAUUUGAUGUAAUCAAUCAUUUGUUUUUGUAUUUUGCAAUCGUUUAUCCAUUAUACACCUUUCGCAAGUCAUUUUUGUGUGUGUACAAACUAAUAUUUUAAGAGCUUACAAGGUCUCUUUUCAAUUGUAACAGUAGAUUUUACCAGUUAUAAAUGUUUUAGUAGGUUUAACUUGCUUUAUAUUGGUAAGUCUUGUCUUAUCAGAAAACUUUUGCUGAUAGUUAUUUCUAAGCAUGUGUGUCUUAGCCUGCUCCCUCAAGAAGAUCUAAUCAAACUUUUUACCAAGUAUGUUGAUAUCUACUAAGUUUAAGUGUAAGAUUUUGUAAUUAUUAUGUAUUUUUCUUUCUGUAUAGUAGCUGUAUAAAUUUAGGAGUCUUCAUUAUCCUUAAUAAUGAGUUUCAGAUUUCAAUCAGUUCACUUUUGUAACCAUUGGAAGGGUUUCCUCAUAAUACUUGGAAGCUCUCCCUCUAUGUAAAUGGUUUUAAUUGUUAAUGACUUAAUCAAAUCCCUUCUCAAGUCAAGUUUUCCUGUUGAUUAAUCAUGCAUCCACGAUUUGAUGCUACGUACCUAUUAGCUUUGAGCAAUCUUUAACUUCUACAUCUUGCAUUAGUCACAGCUUUGGUCGAAAACAAAUCCAAAAAGGGAAAAACUUAUCUACCUACUUAUUUUAUUCAAUCUUAAGUAACCUUGCUCACUUUAUCGGUGCAAUCACAUUAACCAAAGGUGCACAUGUGUAUUACUUUAUGCCAGAUCUUUUAAAAUCUGUUACAAAUAGCAUAUUUAUUUUUUAGAGAUUUUUUAUUUUAUUUUUCGUAACAAAGUUUGUGCAAUAUUCCAAACGACUAUAUCUCUGUUAAAAAUAUGUAGCUGCAUUGUCCCGUCUCUGCCAUUUAACUCAUGCAAGUAAAUUUGGACAUUUAUUUUAGUUAGCUACUUGGUUUUUUUUUUAUGUUCACAUAGCAGACUUUCUAAUGUUUGAUUCACUUGUAAUUCUGACCUUUGAUCAUGUAUUUUGUAAGGAACAUGGCCGAAUGGGUUAGGUUUUUUAUCAAAAGAAUUCGGCAUUUUAUCAUUGUUUCUUUUUUUUAAAAUUAAGUUACAAGUGUAAGUUCAUCCUAAUUUACAAGAAGAGAGUUCCAAUUUCAUUCAGUUCUUUUUUUGUGUAGGAGAGGGCAUAAAAUACACCCUAGGCAGUUUUUGUCCCCAUCUCCUACAUUUUGUGAAUGGUGUAAAGCUCAUCUUCAAGGGUUUUGUCAAGUCGAUAAUUUCGAAAAAUAUGACUCGAAUAGACUUUAAAAUUAUGCAAGAGUACAAAACUAUGGUUUUGAAUAAUGGGCUUAAUGUAGCUUCAAAGUUGAUUUAUCUUUCGUAUGGAAAGAAUGAUACGGACUAAAACCGUAAAUAAUCCAGAAUUAUGGGCCAUACCGCCAUAGUGGUCCUGUGGAGGAGGACAAACCCUGUGUAGAGAUUUCCUGUAUCCGAUAUCAACUUUUUUAUUGACUUUCAAUUUAGAGGGAAGACCUCUAAAGUAGGAUUUUUCAAGCAUGAAAAAAUUUUCUGCAAGAAAGAAAAUUUCUAAGAGAAUCCAAUUCCUUCCAAUUUUUCAAUAGUUUCUCAACAGUUUGGACAGAAGCUGCAGGAUGAAUUCAUGUUAAUGCUCCAGAAUACAUCACUCCUAAUAUUGCUAAUUUUAAGACAUUAAUAUUUUUACCCAAGUGCUUGAUCUUGAAAUAGACCGUCCAUAUUUUCUGUUUCUGUGAUAACUGAGUAUACUCUCAAAAUCAAUCCAUUCCGUCCUGAUUGUAACUCAGACCACCUUUUUUUCCAGUUCCCUAGAAUUAGCAAAUAUCGGUAAGUAAGUUUUUGAGAAAUAUCUCGCGCAAUUUUCUCUAAGCAAGCUUUUGUACCCAAUUUUUGUGAUUCUCCUUCCAAAGUAGACCAUUAGAACUCCACCAUUUCUCUCUCAAGAUUUUACACUUAAAUCUUGAAAUGAGCUUGUACAUUCCAUUUGGGUGCAAAAUCUGUAUUGUUUUUACUUGAAGUGCAAUAGUCUUAAAUCAAUACAUUAAACAUCGUCAUCAUCUUAUGUACAUUUUUUCAUCUGUAUUUUUCUCCUCUUUAAACAAUCCUGUUGUUUACAUUAAUUUUGUGUUUUAAUAAAAACACACUCUUGCCUCUCCUGGACUCAGGUUUAAUUUAUCCCUAAAGAUUGCUACUGUUCAUUUUCUGAUAGAGAAGAGGUAAGGUUUAAAUACGAAUGCCGAACAGUAAUUUGGUCUGAGGUUUAACUUUUUUAGCCAUCUGUUGGAAACUUACUUAAAAGCAAAAAAAUUGUUCCCUUAUUGUGAUGUUUAAAAACCUCCAUAUCUUACUCUACUCUUAAAACUGAAUCUUAUGUUUUUGCACCGUAGAAUUUCAGGAUAUUAAAUACUGUCUGAAGUAUAAUUCUCCAAAAAUUUUAGGGGUUUCUAUUUAUUUUAGAAAAAUGGAACGAAUAUUUGUUCAUGAUUUAAUGUCUUUUAAGUUGCCAGAAAAUAUAACGCAAAAAGAUGGUGCCGCUUGAGGAGUUAUUUUUUUACUUACUUAAAAUGCAUAUCGAUUCAUUUUGCAGUAAUUUUGGAAGAACACAAGUAUUUUUAAGAAUUUACACAGUGCUUUUACUAACAUGUUAAAGAUGAUUUUUCACCCAUGUGUAUUAUGCAAAGUUCACACGCUGAAAAUGGGAGGCAUCGUUCUUCAUGUGAUUCCCUGCAAAUUGCGAGAGUUUUGUAAUUUUCAGCAAUUAAUUGAUGAGAAGUAGGAAGCAAGACUUUGCUGGGCUAUUCGAAAUGAAAUAACCUAUUUGGUCAAAAUAACUCAGAUUUACGAAAUUUACCUGUCUUGAGCAAUGAGACCUGUGAUUCCAAAUUUUGGUGUGUGAACUCAGCCUUAGAAAUGAAUUUUUGCUGAUAUGUUAAAAAUGUUCACUCAGGAACAGACUUUGUUCCACUUAUUAUUUAAGCAUUCAUUCCGUCCAUUUAUGUAUUGCUACCUCUACUCAUGAUUUUUGUUCUUUUGUACAUCAAAUUAAAUGUUUUUAGAUUAUUAAAUGUACCUUAAAAUUAAAAAAAAAAUUCUUUC